GAAGAAGUCCAAGAGUAUCAUGUAGAAGAAGAUGGCGGCCAAAUCUGACGUUACGACAACCCACGAGUACAUUUGUUCAUUUCCUGAUUGUUUGAAGACUUUCUCGAGGCCUGAUCGGAUGGACAUUCAUCAGCGAUCACAUACGGGAGAGAAACCUUUCCAGUGUGUGGUUCCAGGCUGUGGGAAGAAAUAUGCCCGGUCAUCUCAUCUUCGCAGACACGAACAAAACAGCCAUGAACUCACUGGGGAACCACAUGUACAGAAGGAAGUCAGUUGUACAGUGGAUGGAUGUGGAAAGAAGUUCACUUUAAUACAGAAUCUGAAAAAACACAUUAAGAGGAAGCAUACACAGGGUCGGUUUACGUGUGAGUAUGAUGGCUGUGGAAAAUCCUUCAAGAAAAAUCAACACCUCAAAGUUCAUGAGUUUGAACACACCAAAAUCAAUCCGUUUUUGUGUUCCUAUGAGGGCUGUGGCAUGAGGUUCCUGGUACCAAGCAAAUUACAACGUCAUGAAAAAGUCCAUACAGGAUAUAAGUGUGAUGAGUUGGGAUGUACUGAAAUAUUCUCUAAGUGGACAUUGCUAAGGAAACACAUAGCGACACAGCAUGCAGUGGAGAGAAAGUGUCCCCAGUGUGAUAAAACCUUCAGUAGUAGACGGUGGCUGAGGCAGCAUAUGAGUGUCCAUUCCUCGGAACGGGAAGUUCUUGCCUGUCCACGGGACAACUGUGGCCGUUCCUACCUCAACCAGCGGAACCUUCUUGCCCACAUCCGCUCAUACCAUGAUGGCAACCAUAAAGAGUGUCCACACCCCGGUUGCAACAGACGCUUCACCGCUGAGCAAAAGCUUCAGCAACAUCAGAAAGUUCAUAACCCCAAUUUACCUCCUCCUAAGAAAAGAUCAAAGAAGUCUAAACAGAAAAGUGCUGUUGCUUUAUUGUGUGGCGUAAAAAAGGAAGAUAAACAUGAUGUAGAUGACAUUAUGACCCCUCAGGAGGAUAUGUUAAAUUUGGUUUCCGACAGCAACGAUGACAUCAUGACCCCUCAGGAGGAUAGACUGGGUGACAGUCAAAAAGACCAGGCUUGUGUAGAGAUGAGAGAAGAAUGUUUUGUUAAGGUGGACAGCUGUGUAGAGAAGGGAGUGAGUAAUGUCGGACAAGUAGAACAGAAUUAUGUAGAGAAGGGAGUGAGUAAUGUCGGACAAGUAGAACAGAAUGGUGUAGAGAUGUUAGAUGAUGUCAGGUUGAAGGCCGCUGUUCCAUGUGAGGAUACAGGAGCCAUGGCCAGUAUAAAAACUGUGUCAGAUGGUUAUAAUACACCAGAACAUGACUUCCUUAGUAAGACUUCUACUGAUACAGACUCUAGACAUGUGACCUCUGACCCUCAGAAUAUGACUUCAGAUCAACAGUCUUUGACCUGUAUAUCUAUGUCUGUUCCAUUGGACAAAAUGUGUUCAUGUUCCUGUUUCGAAGGUCAAGCUAUUGACCCUGUACCUGGUGAUUUAGGAGGGCAGCCUAGUACUAGUGAACACUUGUGUGUCUCUUCAACAUGUUCAUUAGAGACAAAAAGUGAUGGUUCAGAGACAAAUAAUUGUGGAAUGGUACACACUCAUAUAGGACACUCACCUCAACGGGAGCGGAGGAGAGGGAUGUGUGAGCAGUAAACGUCACCUCCAAAAUCACAGUUAAAGUAUACUGAGAAAAGGUGUUUGUUUCAGUAGAAAUAAAGUAUAAUAUGUCUGUUUGUGGUUUGUGCAUGUCUGCAGAAAGACUACAGAAACUAAGUGUUCGAUCUAUAGGCGCGGUAGUCUAGUGGUAGGAUGCUGGGCUCAUGACCGAAGGGUUGCGGGUUCGAGUCAC